AUGCUCUUCUUCCGCCACCCGGCCCUUCUUCUCUCCAUCCUUCUCAUCAUCGACCUUAUACUUAUUGUGUCGGGAAUAAAUGCGGGCAAAAAAUUGGGAAAAGAUAAGGAAAAGAAAAAGAAGUCCAAAUCUCGUUUGGUCGCAACGGUGCCUGGUGACAUAAUUCUUGGCGGUCUUUUUCCCGUGCACAGUUCCGGUGCUGUGAAGUGCAUGUCACUCAACCCGGAGCGUGGCAUCCAACGAUUGGAGGGGAUGCUCUUCACUCUUGACGAAAUUAACAACAACUCCGCCCUACUUCCGGGCUUGCGGUUGGGCGCCAAUCUGCGAGAUACUUGCUCGCUUGGCAACCAUGCGUUGGAACAGUCGCUUGACUUUGUAAAAACAACCGUGGAUGACGUCAUGAACGAACCGAAGGAGCAGGACAAGAUGUGCGUGUGUCCCUGUGCUCCCGGCGGGGUGCCAUAUUGCCCCGGUGGAGGACAAGGAAUGCCUGGCGCAGCCAUGCCACAUCCGACCUCGUGGAGUCAGGACAUUGUUCGAGGUGUGGUGGGUGGGUCGUACACAACUGUGUCCAUUCUCGUGGCCAACCUCUAUCGACUCUUUAAGCUACCUCAAAUCUCCUACGCCUCAACUAGUGCCGUACUUAGUGACAAGAGGACCUACCCAUUGUUUGCACGCACCGUGCCCUCCGACGUGGAGCAGGCGCGUGUGAUGGCAGCCCUCGUGGCAGCACAUAACUGGACCUAUGUGUCAACGGUACGAAGUGCUGGUGAUUACGGUGACUCCGGAAUGGAUGCCUUUUGGAAGGAGGCGGACAAGCGGGACGUAUGCAUCGCCGCGAGGGAGGUUGUACGUGGCAGUUCCACGUCCAAUGAUCUUGACGAGGUGGUACGCGUGCUUCGUUACGGCUUCUCAAAAGCUCGUGUGGUUGUUCUCUUCACCAGGAUGGACCACACAAAGUUGCUACUAGAUGCUGUUAGGAGGGCAAAUCACACCGAUCACUUUGUUUUCAUUGGCAGCGAUGGCUGGGGUAGAGAAAAUAUACCGGUUUUGAAUAACUCCCGCGUCGCCAAUGGGGCACUUACAAUCGAAAUUCUUGCUACUGAGAUUGAUAAAUUUUCUACUUAUUAUAAGAAUCUGCGAUGGGAUAAUACACGGAACCCGUGGUUCACCAAGUUCUGGCAGUCGUUAUUCGGUUGCACUUUCGACAAUUCGAGUACUCAGAAUGACGUCCCGCACUGCGAGGUGACCAAAAACAAACGGCUUGGUGACAAGUUGCCUGAGCCUUUUAAGCAGGAGGCAAAGAUCCAGUUUGUCUAUGACGCCGUCUACGCCCUUGCGCACGGGCUACACAACCUUCAGCAGAAACUCUGUCCCUUCGACCCAGACCCUGCAAAGUGGGACAAAAAUGAGUGCAUACGAAAGCUUCUGGCCUACCCUGGGGAUAAGUUCUACAAAAUUAUUAUCUCAACGACCUUCAAAGGUAUCUUUCGUGCUUAUCAUAUUUAG